GUUCAGAGGCUGUUUUCAAAUGGCGUAGGUUCUGGUAUAAACAACAGCCCAUAAAAGGCAUUGAACAUGCUCCACCUACCGUUAGCUAUCUGGAGAUUCACAGAGCUGGGAAAGAACACGGUCAGCCUCUUUGAGAAGAGAGAGCCUCCAAGCGGCCUGCCCUCAAUUUGUCGACACGCGGAAUUGUCAUAAUGGGAAAGUUCCUGUUGACCUGCUCAAUAGUGAUUCUCUUCAUUUUGCUCCAGACUGAUGAGAUUGUCUCCAUUUCUAAAAAAGGAAGCAGUAGACCAAGUAGUAGCAGCAGUAGUCGGAAGCCAAGUCGACCUAGCAGACCUUCCCAUCAUCCUAGCAAGCCCUCCCAUCAUCCUAGCAAACCUUCCCAUCAUCCUAGCAAGCCCUCCCAUCAUCCAAGCAAACCUGCAGAGAAACCCAGAAAGCCAGCACACAACCCACCUGUCCAGUCUGAGAACAGACAUGCCCCACCUGCAGCGCCAAACAAGCCUGAAAAUCCCGCAAGAAAUCCUCCAAGCCAUGCACACCAUCCAGAGAACCCUCCUCCAUAUAAUCCUGCACAUCCACCCCAUAAUCCUGCCAAUCCACAAAAUCCAGGACACCCUCCACCUUAUCCUGUCAACCCUCAAAAUCCUGCUCAUCCCCCAAAUAAUCCUGUUAACCCAGGUAAUCCUCCUCCAUACAACCCUGCCUACCCACCACCAUACCCGGUCAACCCUCAAAACCCAGGACAUCCUCCACCAUACCCGGUCAACCCUCAAAACCCGGGACAUCCUCCACCAUACCCGGUCAACCCUCAAAACCCGGGACAUCCUCCACCAUACCCGGUCAAUCCUCAAAACCCGGGACAUCCUCCACCAUACCCGGUCAACCCUCAAAACCCGGGACAUCCUCCACCAUACCCGGUCAACCCUCAAAACCCGGGACAUCCUCCACCAUACCCGGUCAACCCGCAAAACCCGGGACAUCCUCCACCAUACCCGGUCAACCCUCAAAACCCGGGACAUCCUCCACCAUACCCGGUCAACCCUCAAAACCCGGGACAUCCUCCACCAUACCCGGUCAACCCUCAAAACCCGGGACAUCCUCCACCAUACCCGGUCAACCCUCAAAAGCCGGGACAUCCUCCACCAUAUCCGGUCAACCCUCAGAAUCCUGGCUAUUUCCCACAACAACCCAAUUACCCCCAAAAUCCUAACUGGGGCCACAAUGAUCCCAAGCCAUGGAAACCGAAGCCACCCAAGACUAAGCUGAAGCACACGGCUGGAGCGGCCAUUGCUGGCGCAGCUGCAGGGGCUUUUGGAGGUUACUUCUUGGGGCGUGCCAUGUCGAGGCUGCACUUUCGUUUUAACGACCCUUACGAGGAGCGGUGGUGGUACGAAAAUCGCCACCAUUAUUCUGAUCGCGUUUACUACCCACAGUACAUCGAGCCUGUUCCACAAGAUAUCUUUGUGAGGGACUGUGUGAACAUCACAGUCAAAGAAUACACUGAGCCCAGUGGGAAUGAAACAGAGGAUGAGAUGGAAGCCCGGGUGGUGAGACAUGUGGUGCGGGAAAUGUGCAUUGAGCAGUAUCGCAUGUUCUCCAGCUCCUCAGAAGGUGGCAGCUUCAGUUCUCCUGGUGGCAACCCAGUGGACCCUAAGCCAAGUGAUGCAGAGAUGAAACGUGUGGUGGGGGAAGCUGUUAUAGAUGCUCCAGGGGAAGACUCCAGCAGCUACAUCUUAGGUAGCCCCAUAGCCAAUAUGUAUUUUCAGUUUAAUGACAGUGAGGAAGAACGUUGGUGGAAUGAAAACCGUCAUCGUUUUGCCACCCACGUUUACCACCCAAACUCUAGCCAGCCCAUUUCAAGGGAUGCCUUCCUGAGCGAGUGUGUAAAUGUCACCGUAGGAGAGUAUGUGAAGCCCACCGGGAAUCAAACAGAAGAUGAGUUGGAAGCCAGAGUGGUGACACGGGUGGCAAACGAAAAAUGCAUGGAGAUGCACCACCGCAUGUCUGGCCUCACAGCAGGAGGCAGUUACUCUAAUCAUAACCUAGAGACAGCUACUACUCUAACCAGAUUCGAGAUCAAAUAUGGAGCAGGAGCAGCUCUUGCAGGUAGUCCUGGAGGAGCCAAGGGACACAACACCUUUAACAAUGCUGUUUCUGAUUUGCAUUUCUCCUCUGAGAAUGCUUUGCUUCUCAUCCAUCCUUUUGUUAUUUCAGUCCUUCCAUUAAUCACACCUUUCCUGAUCUUCUAAGAGAUAUGCUUCUUAAGCAUCUUCCAUGGCUGCUGUCCACUUAUCAGGGGUCUGCAAGAUCUCUUUCUCUCCAGCAAGGAUUUAGUUGUGGUUUUCUGUUUUUCUAGAAAGUGCAUGCUGCAUCAGUUCAGUUCAAUGUGGUAAAGAGAUGCGAGACAUGUGCUACUCCAUUGCCAUUCAGCCUUAGAGCCUUUCAGCGUGUUCUAAGGGUUUAUUUUGUAAUGAAAGGGAGGAGGGAAACAUCAUCAAUCAAAAGCCAUUCCUUCUUUGUAUUAAGUCUAAGUUAACAAGAUGUAAAGAUGGAGACAGUGGAUAAUUCCCCCCCCCCCCACAGUCCAAUUUCCUGUUGCCUAGAUCCUUCAGCGGAAUUUGCUCAGCUUUUGGGAAAUAUUUUAGCAGUUCACAUGAUAGCAGAAGUUGCUUUUGAGAGAAGGAAGGAAGUCUUCUGAGGUUAUUAAUAAAUGCACCAAUAUUUGAGGUGAAGAUUCUAUCCAAAUACAACUCAAGUCCAAUCUCGGAACCAAAUCGACUUUCUGAAUGAUUGGGGUCAAACAGCUGAAUCAGAUUGGAUAUGAUCUGAUUUCCAAAAUAGCUUUCCUCUUAAGGGAGCUGAUAAGUCCAGCCAGUAUCUGAUUAGCCAACCAUUUCUGCUGAGCGGUAAAAGCUGAUGCACACCUCAAAACAGAGGCAGGCAACAUUUGGUGGCAAACAUGUUCUACAGAGCAGGGUCUGAGGCCUGCACACUUGGUGCUGCAAAACCACACAUAUGGAUGGGGGGCAAUGUUCAGCUGUUUCCUUCUUUUUUGAGACGAUGAUAUACCUUCAUUCAGGCUUAUCCUACAAGUUCCCAUCUCUCUAUGGUAGAAAACUGAAUCAUCACUUUUCAGAAAUUAUGGAGGGGAAGGGGGCUUUGAGGAUUGCAGAAAGAAGACUUCAGGUAUGUGUGGCCUUGGGGCUGCAGGCACCCCUCCUUGAUAAACUGUUUUUGUGCCUUCUUUGCCUAUUCUAAACUUUCUCUGUCAUCCCUAUCCUUAAAUAUGACUGGGAGGUUUCAUCCAGUCAUUAGUAAUUUGGAGGGCUGAGAACACUGUUUGGAAGCUACAAGGUGCCAUGUUGUUUUCCAUUCUUUCUUUGUUUUUCUUUACCCCUUCAAGGUUAUUGAAUGCCUGGGUGGGUUUAAACUCUAAUUCUAUCAUCAGUAUUCCUUCCUGCCAUGCUGUGAUGGUUGUCAUAAAUCAGAAGUGGAAAGAGAAAAGAAGGCUAGCUUGCACUGAAAUUUAGACAAUGUCAAAAUUGAGAGUCAGUCAAUUACAAAGGGGUAUAAAUCCAACAAAUGAAUGAGUAAAUAAAUACAUUUGGGUUCCUAAGCACUUGAAUGGGCCGUUGACAUCAGGGUUGAUGUGCCUCUUCCCUUGAAACAAAGAAUGUGGUUCAAUUUAUUUCAUUUCUCAGAAUGAUGUGCCAAUUAGCUUGGUUCAAAUUCUGAAGAUGGAUCUCUAUCAUGAAAAAUGGUCUUGUUUAGGUGUAAUGCAAAGUCUAAGAAUUUUGGUCAAUCUUUCAUAAACAAUGCUAUGUUGAUGAGCACUUCUUGAGCAACCUUGCUUGGCCUCUCCUAUUGGCAGGUGUGGUUAAACUAAUCAGAUUAAUGAGGAAACAAAUGAUUGUUAUAUCUGAAUUUGGAGCUUGGCUUAUCUGGAAAAGGCCAGAAAGAGAAAGCUAAUUUCAAGCUAGCUUUAGCAACUGUUUUGUUAAAGAAUUGAUAAAUCAUGGAGGCUAGGUUUGGCUAUAACACAGUUAAUUUUCCUAUUUCAUUUGGUGGGAAGAACUAUGCAAGAUGAUUGUUGUGACAAGAAGCUAGGAUUUUUAACAAUUUUGGUUACCCGUUACAUUCUAACACAGCAAUAUGAUAAAGAAUGCUCAGAUUAUAUUUCCUUGUAAAAUGUUUAUACUACUUGAUAUGCCAACACAGAAUUUAUUAGAUCACUUGUUGUUGCUGUUUGACUUGCGAACCUCCACUUACUCUUCUCACCCUUUCAGCUAAACUCCCAAAUAAAACUGUGGCCUAUUUAACACCAAAA